AUGUCACUUAAUAACUUCUUUAAGUAAAAGUAGUAACUGUAAAAAGAAAAAGAGGAAUAAGAUAAGUAUAAUAAAAUAAUAAAUGAAGAUAGUAAAUGAAAGAGUAAUCAGAUUAAAAACGCAAUAUAUAAUCUGUUUAAUUGAAAGCUAGAGCUUAAUAAAGAAUAGAGACAUUUUAAGAAACAAUGAUGUCUAAAUAAUAUGUAGAGAGUCUUAAGAAAGGGUCAUAUCCAUUAUUACCAACUAGCAAGCAUUCAUUUCGAGAUAGAGAAAAAGACAAGGAGAUGGAAAAGAUGGGAGGAAUCUAUCUGAAAACGUAUUUUAUUACUUAAAAAUAUGAUAGAUUCUAAAUAGCUAAAAAUAGAGCUCAAACUGCAUAAUAGGAAUUUAGAUCUGCUCAUUUAGCCACUGGUGAAUUUGAUCCAAACCUUCCAACUAAAAAUCAUGAGAAAUGGUUGAAACCAAAAGAUUUAUCAAAGCAAAGUGAACCAAUGAGAUUUGGUUUAAGUUAGAGAACUGAAGUUGAAAGAGUAAAUUAAGAAAUAAAAAAGGUUAGUGAACAAUUAGAUGUUUAAGUAAAUAUUAUAUAUAAAUAAUUUAUAAGAAUAAAGAUUUAAAAAUGUUAAUUAGACCAAGUUGGAAAGAUGAACAAAAAGAUAAAUGGUUGGAUAAUCAUACUUUUAAUAUUUAUCCAUGUUUAUAUGAUGGUCAUAGGAGUGAUCCUCCUUGGGAGCAACAUCCUACUAAUCUCAAUAAUCAAAAUAACUAAUAUAUUGAUGGUUAUGAAGUAGUUGGAGAUCUUUCAAGAUAGAGAUUUAAAGAAAAAGAAGUAUUUUACUAUUAAUUAUAACAUAGCAUAAAAGAAGUGAUUUUAUUUCUACUGUUAAAGAAGAUCAAAUUGGAACUACUAUGCAUAUAUCUAGAUCUCUAAGAACUAUGAAAUAAGAUAAAAUUUUAAAUAUGUAAUAAAAUUAUGAUGAAUAUUCAACCAAUAAAUAAAUUGAACAUUAUAAAACUACACUUUUAUAAACUAAAAGUAUUGAUCAUAUUACACCACAUCAACAUAGUAACAAGUAAAUAAAAUAAUUAUAUUUUAGUUAUAAAGGUCAUUCAUUACACAAUUUGAGACCAUAAUAGCCAAACAAACUUUUUAGACAAUCCAUAAAUUAUUAAAAUUAAAAAGUUAUAACUAAAUAACCUCCCCAUUAACCUGUCAUAGUAUAAAACCAAUUUCCUUCUUAAGAUGAUUAACCAACUUAAUAAAUGUUAACUGCAGAUUUAUUUAUACCUAAAUAGAAAUUAACUUAAAUUUAAGAGGUUUCUUAAGUUUAAAUUUAAAGUCAUCAUUCAAAUAAUCCUUUUAGUCGUGAAUCUUUAGCUUCAUAAGGAGGAACCAGAUCCAGAUUCAUGGAUUAAUAUAAAUAAAAAAAAACAGAUUCUGGAUAAAUGAAAUUAGGUUAUCCUUAUCAUUUAGAGGAUGAUGAAACUACUGCUAAAAUUAUGGUUAAAUAUUUUCAAGAAGAACAAAAAUGA